ACAAAGCGUGCUCUGGCCGGUGUUUGUGCCAUAAGAAGCACGGAAGUGGUUUUGUUUCGGUUGCUACGCACAGUACUAUGUGAGAAAUGAGAGCUGGGGUAUAUUCUAAGUUUGGUUCACUCUCUUGAAAGCGUUUUUUAUUACAUGAAGAUUUUUUUUAUUCCUCUACAUUGUUUUAAUUUCGCCUGAACCAAACGGAAUAUAUAGCUAGCUACCUAGCUAGUUAGCAAGAUUCAUUGACACCAUGCCGCCGUACUCCGAAUUAAGGAAAACAAACCACUUCUACUACUUCAUCAAAUUCACCCUGAACAUCUACUCAAUGGUCUUCUCGCUGAUGGGUCUCUGUGUGCUGUGUGUGGGGGUGUAUGCUGAGGUGGAAAGGCAGAAGAACCGAACCCUGGAGGGCCUUUUCCUGGCUCCUGCUGUGGUGCUCAUCCUGCUGGGCCUGGUGAUGUUCACCGUGUCCGUGGUGGGCAUGGUGGGAUCCCUGAGGGACAACAAGACCCUGCUACACAUGUUCCUCUGUGUUCUCUGUGUCUUGCUGAUUCUGCAGGCCAUCGCACUCACAGCGGCUCUCAUCUUUGAAAAGAAGACCGUCGCCUUGUUUCAGAGCAGCAUCCGGGAAGGAAUUAAACACUACUACGAUGAUCUUGACUUCAAAAACAUCUUGGACUACGUGCAACAAAAGUUUUCAUGCUGUGGAGGGGAUGAUUAUAAAGACUGGGGAGUCAACCAGUACCAUUUCUGCAAUGGUACUGGUCCACUGGCCUGCGGGGUUCCAUACACCUGUUGUGUUCGCCACAAGUUGGGAGAGGUCAUCAACACUCUUUGUGGUUACCAGACUCUGAUGAAAGAGCGUGAAGCCCUGCAGGAUUUGAUCCAUGUGCGAGGUUGCAUCCAUGCAGUCAACCUCUGGAUGAGUGACAACAUUGGAAUAACCGUCGCUCUCUGCUGUGCCAUCGGGCUGCCACAGCUGCUGGGCAUCGUCCUGAGCUGCGUCUUCUGGAACCUGCUGGUGGACAUGAGCGAGUCGGCCGACAUGGUGGACUUCAAGCUGAAGAAGGCGGCGUUCAAGUACAGCGAGCUGGACCUGGCCGGCGCCGGCUGGUGUAUGUGCCUGCCGAGGGACGGCGGCUACCUGCCCGUCCCCGCCGCCGAGCCGGGACUGGACCCCAUUGACAUUCACCUGCAGAAGCUAAAGAAGCAGCAGCCGCGCACGCACGCUCAGCUGCGGGAGAUGCAGCAGUCCAGAUCGGCCACCGGGCUGGACGAGGUCGACGUCGGCCGGAAGCAGAAAAGGGAACACUGAGUGCUCGUUUCUGGGGUCUUUGGCCUUCUUCUUCUUUUUUUUUUUCCUGUCAUUGUAUUCGGUGCAUUUGUUGGUUAUUUAAUGGUGGAACAUGUCAGUCAUUGGAUCAAGAGACACUCAGUCAGUAUUUUGGCACUUUGUGGACGAAAUUUUGAAGGGACGACCUGCAACAUUGGCUUCUUUUUAAAAGAAAACUUACAUUUUUUUGUGACAGUUCUUAUUCAAAGAUUGAUGGCAUUAUGUUUUUAUUUAUUUCGUUUUUAAAUUCUUUGAAAAUUGAGCUACGUCUCGCGUGCUAAUGCUUACCUCAGGCUGUUGUGAAAACGGCCCGUCAGUCCGAGGACAGUUCUUAUUUGGUGUGUAAAUAAACGGUAGCUUGAAAAGAUGUUUUUCGGUGUCGGAGAAAUAGGAAUAGCCAAGUAUGUCUUGCGUGUAGCGUCUGUGACGGAUGUAUACAGUUUGUGUAUUGUUUUAAUUUGUUUUAUUUAUUUUGAUUUUGUGCAAUCGGUG